AUUGCCCUCUAACGAAUAUGCUACUGAAUCCUUAAUUAAGAAAUUACUCGAUACAAAUAUGGAAAUCGUAAACCUGUGCACGAAAAUUUUGAACAUUAUUACUACUGAUAGAAAAUUUCGACAGCAAACCUACCCUCCAGCAAACGGGGACCUAACACUGCAGUUUCCGAUCGAGAAUGAAGACCAGUUAGAGAUGCUGGAAGCAUCUUUAAGAGACGACAAGUACAAACAGCAAUAUGUGAGUUGACGUAUUCAAUUCUUAUUUCUUGUAGACUGCUAAGAUGGCUAGCUGCCUUCAGAGUGAUCCAAAGUUGUCGCUUAAGGUCAUGAUGCACCAAGUUAUAAAACCUGAAUUGGGUUUGAAGUUUACAUUCCAGGGGACUUUGU